CACAGACCAGUCUACUGGGAACACCACAAAUGGUAUUUAUUGAUUUUUUUUCACUCCCAGAAGAUGAGAAUAAGCCAGAGAUUCCUUCUAAAGUUUGUUUCGUGACAUAUAAAGAGAGAGAGAGCGUAGAGACAGCCCUUCAUCUCAGCAAUACUGUAUUCAUUGAUAGAGCACUGGUCGUAGCUCAAUCUAGAUUCGAAAUUAUUCCAGAAAAGCCGGUUGCUAUGUCGUUAGCAGCACCAGCUGUAGCAGUAGCAUUCAUUGAUAAGUCACUGCUAAUAGGUAGUGGAGUUAAUUCUGGUCCUCUGUUACCCACUCCACAGACCAGUCUACUGGGGACACCACAAAUGUUACCUAAUCCUCUUGCUUCAGCAUUCCAACAAGCCCAGGCAGUGGCUUCUUCCAUUACAGCUAACAUUCAAUCACAAGAUCCAUUCUCAGCAGCUGAUUCACCAACUGGUGGGUCAACUGGUCAAUCAGCAGCUGCUCCAGUCCUACCAUCAAUGCCUCCUAUCACUGGUAAUGUUGAUCCUUCAAAGAUUGAUGAGAUUCGUAGAACCAUAUACGUGGGGAAUCUAUCAAGCACAUUGCAUGCAGAUCAGGUUAUGAAUUUCUUUCUAACUUGUGGUGAAAUAAAAUAUGUUAGGAUGGCAGGAGAUGAAAUGCAACCAACACGUUUUGCUUUUGUAGAGUUUGCUAAUCCUGAGUCAGUACAAGUUGCUUUGCAGUACAAUGGUGCAAUGUUUGGUGACCGGCCGAUAAAGGUUAAUCACAGUAAAAAUGCAAUAGUUAAGCCGCAAGGUAAAGCACCUGAUGUAGCUCAAAGAGAAGUUGAUGAGGCCAUGAGGAAAGUGAGACAAGCCAGCCACUCCAUUACUAACGUCAUUGAACCAGGUGCCAAUAAAAACGAAGAAAAAGAAAAACGAUCUUGUUCAAAGUCUCACUCAAGGUCAAGAUCGCGAGAGAGAAGACAUGAGAGAAGGAGACACCGUUCACCAUCACCUUAUGAGAGGAGGAAGAGGCGGAGCUACUCAAGAUCACCUAGACGAUACAGUAGGAACUGGAGAGAUUACAGAGGUGGGAGUGGUUACAAAAGAGGUCAUCGAUCUCGUUCCAGGACACCUCCUCGUCACUCCUACCACUCGCACCGGUCUUCCUAUCGUCACCGGUCACCUGAUAAAGAUAGGAGGAGACACUCGCGAUCAAGAAGCCGUUCAAGAUCUCAUUCACCGAGAAGGAAAUCAUCAUCAAGACGUAAGGAAAGAGUGAAGGAUUAUUCCUACAGUCCUAGUCCAGAGAGGAGGAGGAGUAGUAAGAAAUCUAAAAAAGACAAGAAGCACAAGAGAAGGUCUCCCUCUGUCUCUCCCUCAGUCUCUCCUCCUCCACGUAAAAGAGGUGGUUCUGAUAAAGGUGAAGGAGAGGAGGAGGAGGAGAUGGAGGAAGAGGAAGAGUUCUCUGAUGGAAGUGCUCCUUCUGAGGAGGAGAGACAAUCAAGUCCUUCAGCAUCAGAAUAGAACAUAAUCUCCUUAUUACCAAUAAAUCAGAAAAUAGU